AUGUUAUUACAUAAAGACAGUGUUGCACGAGAGGAACUUGAUACUCCACCAAACGCUUCCAACAUUAAUGAAUUAAAUCAAAGAGCUGAGUUAAUUGAAUCGAAUGUUGCAUCCGGAUUUGAGCGACUAGAACGAAUGCUCGAAAGUGUAUUAACUCGUAACGAACGGCCGGAAAUCGGUUAUCGAAGGUCACAACAAUUUUCUUAAGUAAGCAUAUUAUUUUAUUUUUCUAUGUUCAGACGGACCGUGUAGUCAGCUACGAUUUAAACAAAGAAAGAAGGAAGUAAAGGAAGCAGGAUGAGGGACAUAAAAGCGGUGAUGAUGC